UUGCCCUUUUUCCCUAUGGGGAAGGGAGUCUCAGCUGGCUUUUCUCCCCACCAGGACAAUCCUGGGACAGUGUGCUCUGCACUCAACUUUUGCCAGUCUCUGCAGAAACACCUGGCAGAACUGAACCACCAGAAACAACUCGAGGCCAAUAAGAUUCCAGAAGUGGACUUGACUGGAAUGGUGGCUCCCUUCAUGGCCAAUAUCCCACUCCUUCUGUACCCUCAGGAUGGUGCCCACAGCCAGCCCCAGCCAAAGUCUAACGGAGAUGUCUGCCAGGACUGUGUGCACAUGGUGACUGACAUCCAGACGGCCGUGAGGACCAACUCUACUUUUGUCCAGGGCUUGGUGGAACAUGCCAGGGAGCAGUGUGACCGUCUAGGGCCUGGCAUGGCUGACAUGUGCAAGAACUAUGUCAACCAGUACUCUGAAAUUGCUAUCCAGAUGAUGAUGCAUAUGGUAGGUAGCAGUGAAGACCCUUGUUAGCAUUUGGGUUUGAAGUGU